UUUCAUUGAACUUCAAUUCUUAGUACUCCUACACAUACACACAUAUAUAUAUAUAUUAUAGCCCCUCCAAGAACUUCCAAACCCUACACCUCUCCUCUCCUCUCUCUCUCUCUCUCUCUCUCUCUGCAUGUCUCCAUUUGAUCUAAACCAAGCUGCUACCGUCCCUGUAUCAGAUGGAGAAGACCAAGAUCAAAUUGCUGGACACCACCCUCCCCUCACACCACCAGUUGCCACCUCUUCUUGCUUCUGCCUCAACUUCUCAAGAAACCACCAUGAUCAUGGAGUAGUAGAGCAUGCCAGAGACCAUUGCCUCAAGAAUCAGAUUCUGCAACAAGAGCCCAGGGUUCACUCCAUUCUAAACACCACUGAUUUCUGCUAUAAAGCCAUCAGCAACAUCAGCAGAGAGAUCGAGCCAUCUCAGUGCAAACCAAUUAGAGGCAACAUGAAACAUUCGACUCGAGAUCAUAACAAAAGAAAUAUCAGCUUCGAGUCUUCAGGUGAUCCAAUCAGUAUCAGAGCCUGCUCCAAUUGCAACACCACAAAGACUCCUUUGUGGAGGAGUGGCCCUCACGGCCCCAAGUCUCUUUGCAAUGCUUGUGGAAUAAGACAGAGGAAGGUGAGGAGGGCCAUGGAAGCUGCUGCUGUUACUGCUGCUGCUGCAGUGUGUAGGGUGAGAAAGGAGGAGAAGUCAUGCAAAAGCAUGGAUCACAGCGCUGUGCCAUUCAAGAAAAGGUACAAGUUUACCAGCUCAACCGAACAGAAGCAGCUGUUUAUGGGUGAAGCAGUGAUGCCAUUGAAAGAUGAGAGAGAUGCUGCCAGAUUGCUAAUGGGGCUUUCAUGUGGCCUAAUCAGGGGCUGAGCAUAAGAAUUAGUUUGGAUCAUUUGAAUGUUGGGAUGUGGGAGAGGAUAAAUUUUUGUUUGAUUCUGGGAGGAAGAUCAGAGAUAAUUGAGAAGUGACAAGCUUGAGAUAGAUUCCUCCUCCACUUUAUUGUGCUUAUUAUCUUUGUGCUUAUUAAUUCCUGAAGAAUUACUUGAUUGUGCAUCCAUGCAAUGAAAUUGAGGGUGCCGAACUGCCAACUAAUACAUUAAUUAA